GAAGAUUGAAGGCACGAUAAGUCACAAAAUGUCAAGCCAAACUGUGCAACUCAACCGAUUGAAAAAUUCACGUUUAAACAUGAGACCGGGUAGCCUCUUACACUUCUUCGUCUGGAUGUUAAUUGAUACAUUAGUGAUGCUCUUAUUGACACUCACCAUGAUUGUAAUGGUGAACAAAAUCGAAAGACUUUGUCAAUGGGUUACAGCACACAGUUGGUUGACUAUUCUUCUUAUACUUCUCGGAGCACUUCCAGUUCUCGUCCUUGGACUACUCAAACUUCUUGGAUAUCGCCGUGAAAUUGAUCAUUUUUUCAUUGCAUUCAGUUUCGUACUAUGUUCGAUGGGUUUCACCACCAGGUUGAAUACUAUUGAUUUGGUGCCCGCUUUGGCAGCGAUUGCCUCGGCGUUCGCCUUGGCUGCACUUGUGAUCUUCCUGGCUCUAUACCUGAGAAAUGUUGAAUUUCGCGUAACUAUUAUAGUUUUCUCACUUUUGUGUGCUUCGGUCUUGAUUGGACUUAUUUUGUUCAUUAUAGAAUUCAAUUUGGGAAAAAAAGAACAGAAAGCACUGUGGAUAUCCGUUGGGGCCUGCUUCACUGUUGCUAUGGCGUUAGCUAUUUUCUUGACGAUGAAUAGAAUACGUUUAUGCAUCUCAUUUAAAGAUGUAUAUUGUACAAUAAUAUUUCGAGCAUUCUGUUUAUGGCUGGAAAUGCUUAUAUUGUUUACAGCAAUUUAUGCACCCUUUGAAGGAUCUCACGAGUCGUGUUCAAAUGCAUGAAUGCUCCCGUUUAUUCACCCUUAUUAUGAGAAGUCACUUG